GGAGGACAUGCUGCACUGCUGCGGCAGCAAAAGGUUCGCCAGGGAGAUGGCCUUCGCCUGUCGCUUCGCCGACGUCCACCACGCCCUCCGAGUCGCCCGCGACAUCUGGUUCAACAAGGUCGACGUCGCAGGAUGGCUCGAGGCCGUCUCGGCUCACCUGGCGAUCGGAGCCACAUCUCCGCCUUCUCCCAGUGGAGCAAGGAAGAGCAAUCCGCUGCGAUGGCUACUGCCACCGAUUCCAUCUUGCAGGCUUUCCAAAUCUGAUGCUGUAUCAAACACUUCAGUCACAACUUAUUGUCAUGUUAGUUCUUCAACCAAACCAGAAGGUAGCAGCCCUCGCACCCGUCCUCCCUCCUGGAUGUUGCCCGUGCCUCUCCAGCCUCUGGCAUGGAGGUUCACCUUUGAGAUGUGGAAGGGAGCUCAGCGUCACCCGUUGUUUACAAACAGAGAAUUCACUGACUGGGUGUUGGUGGAUCAUGAGAAUAUUGUAGAAGCUUCGAGCCUUUCACCAGUGCAAAAAUUGGAUGGUUGUGUAAUGAUACUCUCAGGUGCCAAGGCUAGCGUAAGGUAACAUUCCACCCUAAAGAUUGUCAUACAUAUCACUGUGCAACAGGUCCACAGACCGAGCAAUGUGUUGACUUGGGGAACUAUCCCCACAUUACUGGUGAAAAGCCUGGUUGAUUUCUAUUCUUCAAUUUGAUGUGAGGUGAACGAAUAGACACCCUAAAGAUGUAAUGGUCAAUUGUAAUUGUCACUUACGGUUUAUAACUUUGCGUGGUUUACCAAAAUCAA